AUGCGCCAUGAGAAGCCAGCUUCUUCCUCUGACGACCCGUGGGCUGGUGGCAACGAUCCGUGGGCUCUGUACAAAGCCCCUCCAGGGCUCACUCCAACUGUGCCUCCGGCCAGCUCAUCGAGUGCCACCACGGAUUCCAAGUUGACCAAGAUGCGCGCUGAGCUACAGGCCGAUCUCCAGACCAUGCUACAGCAGCAGCUUGCCCAGGGCUCCGCCUCCGCCUCGGCCCCGACUGCUGCUCAAAAUGCCCGAAUCGCCAAGCUUGAAGCACAGGGCGUGGACCUGCGUGUGCACUACAAGAACACCUAUGAGACUGCCCAGGCCAUCAAGGGAAUGACGCUGGCGAAGGCCAAGCAGUACCUCGAGGAUGUGUGCGAGAAGAAGCGCUGCAUCCCCUUCCGCAAGUACGUUGGCACGAUCGGCCGCACCCCCCAGGCGAAGGAGUUCAAGGCCACCCAGGGCCGCUGGCCAGUGAAGUCUGCCAAGAUCGUCCUCGGCUUGCUGAAGAACGCAGAGGCCAACGCCGAGUUCAAGAACCUCUCCACCGAGAACCUGUACGUGUACCACGUCCAGGUCAACGCCGCCCAGCAGGGACGCAGGCGCACCUACCGCGCCCACGGCCGCAUCGGACCAUACAUGAACUGCCCCUGCCACGUGGAGAUGAUCUUGCAGGAGAAGGACGAGGCAGUUGAGAAGCCCGCGGAGGAGAAGCAGCCCAAGAAGUUCACCCGCAAGCAGCUGGCCAAGCUUCGUCUGCCGGUCGGCGGCGACAAGUGA